UUACGCCGCGACUGCGCUUUCGGGAAAAGGGCGGUGCAUGACUACAUGCUUGGAAAAGCAGAUAGUUCUGAAGACGUUCAAGGCACGAUGGAGAUAGUGCUUUGUGAUGCACACAGAGAUCGGUGUUUCCUGAAGACCGGCGUCAAAGAUGGUCCGAACAAGGGAAAGAGCUUCUACGUGUGCGGCGGCGCGCGGGGAAGCCCGUGCGGGUUCAUUCAGCAGACAGACAUUCCUCCCUCUCACUGUUUGCACCACGACGAGUCUGUAGUGGAGCUCCAGGCCCUUGUGCUGGCCCAGCAACAAAACGGCUACAGGCUGUUUUUCCGUUGUGUUUUGGGGAGGAGUGAAGGGAAGAGGUGGUGUGGCAGUGUCCCGUGGAAAGGGGUGGAGGUGGAGAAGAGGAACCCCCCCUUAGAUGGGGAGUCUCAUUCCUGCCGACUCCCCCAGGAGAGGAAUCCAUUCAAGGCCCCAAGUAGAACAGGGCAACCCUCAGAGUGGAGGAUCAUUCAGGAGGGAGGGAGCGACAGACCGGAGAGGGGCGAUGAGAUAACGAAAGGAGAGAAGGACAGAGAGAGCAGGAAAGAAGAGGGGGAUAGAGAUACUGAAAAUAGAGUGAGAAAGAGCAAGAGUGAGAAAGGAGACCUGAGGAGAGACAAAGAGAAAGAAAAGCCUGAAAGGAGAGAAGGAGAGAGGGAUGAUAAGAAAGAAAAAAGGGGUGAGGGAGGAGAGAGAAAGAGCAGGAAAGAGAAAGGAUGGAUUGAGAGGGGGAAUGGGGAUGGAGAAGAGGGCGGUGCGGUGGCUGAGUCCUGGAGGAGCAGGGAGCUUCCCGUCGGGAUGAGGGUGAAGAAGAGGGCGUCGGCCGAAGUGCCGGGCGUGGCACAGGGCAGCAGCACAACUGGAGAAAGGGAGAGAGAGAGAGUGCCCAGUGCCCCGCCCUCCAACGUCAGAGAGGAGGACACUACAGAACCCCAAAAAGACCAGCCUGAAAGCACAGAGACAGAACAGCAUGCUGGGAAGAGUAGUAAGGAGACAGAACGGCAUGCUGGGAAGAGCAGUAAAGAGACAGAACAGCAUGCUGGGAAGAGCAGUAAAGAGACAGAAUGGCAUGCUGGGAAGAGCAUAAAGAGACAGAACGGCAUGCUGGGAAGAGCAGAGACAGAACAGCAUGCUGGGAAGAGCAGUAAAGAGAGAGAACAGCAUGCUGGGAAGAGCAGUAAGGAGACAGAACAGCAUGCUGGGAAGAGCAGUAAAGAGAGAGAACAGCAUGCUGGGAAGAGCAGUAAGGAGACAGAACAGCAUGCUGGAAAGAGCAGUAAAGAGACAGAACAGCAUGCUGGGAAGGGGACGGGCAGGGAGAAGGAGGGUGAGAACAGGAGGGGGAUGGGCUGUUUGGAAGGAGAGGUCGUGACCCUGUCCAGACCCCACCCACAGGAGGCUGUGGGGGAGACGGAGGCCCUAGCACUGGGUCUGAAGGAGGAUGAUGAUGAUGAGAAUGAUGAUGAUGUACAGCUUGUCUCGGUCCAGCCAGGGCCCAAGCUGACGCCCCCACAGGUCUCAGCCCCCAUACAAAAAACCCUCACCUCUUUCCCCGGGUUCCAGAGGGUCACCCAGACGCCCCCGGCCGACCCCCACGCCCUGCACAGCCAACUCUCAGCACAGCUCAAACAGAAGAAGGCCACGCUGUCGGUGGUGAAUGUCUCUGUGCUGCCGGAUAAAGGGGCGAGGCUGCAGACUCAGGUGAAGGAGCUGGAGGACGCUCUGGCAUCUCUGACCCUGACCCCUCCCGGACACGCCCACGGACACGCCCACGAGUGCGGCUCAGAACCACAGGAUGUAGCCGGAGCCAAGCGGGAACCCGCCCCUGGCCUCUCAAACCCUUUUGCUCGACCGGGAGGCACCAUCCUGCUGCCAGGCCCCGCCCCUUUGCUGGCCCCGCCCAGCUCCCUCGGCCUGCAGCUGGGCCUGGGGUCCUCACAGGGGUAUGGAGCAGUAAACUCAGAGGGCCACGCCCUGUACGGGGGGAGGAUGACGGACAGCCGGAUGCUUGCUGUGAAAAACGCCACCGCUGAGACCAUCGACCACCUGCACGGCUCCCUGGAGUCCUGCCCCGCCCCCCACAGCGAGGCUCCCGAUCCCAAAGGCAUCAGGGUGCAGUUACUCCCCCAUCAGAAGCAGGCCCUGGCCUGGCUGCUCUGGAGGGAGACCCAGAAGCCCUGUGGAGGAAUUCUAGCGGAUGACAUGGGUCUGGGGAAGACUCUGACCAUAAUAGCCCUCAUCCUGGCACAGAGGAAGAAGAAGAAGGAGGAGGAAGAGGAGAAGGAAGGCUGGAUCUCCAAAACAGACUCAGCCCAGGUGGUCUCCCAGGGUACUCUGGUGAUUUGCCCCGCCUCCCUGAUCCACCACUGGAAGAAGGAGAUCGAGCGGCACGUGAAGAGCAGUCGCCUCAGUGUGUACCUAUACCACGGGCCCAGCCGUCAAAAGAGCGCACGCCUGCUGGCCGGGCAUGACGUGGUGGUGACCACCUACAGCCUGGUCUCCAAGGAGUUGCCCGCCCAGAAGGGCGACGCAGAGAAGCCCUGCCAGGACACAGAGGACCUGACGCCAGACCUGUCCCCCCUCCUGCGUGUGUCCUGGGCCCGGCUGGUUCUGGACGAGGCCCACAACAUCAAAAACCCCAAAGUCCAGACGUCCCUGGCAGUGUGCCAGCUGAGAGCUGGUGCCCGCUGGGCAGUGACUGGCACCCCCAUACAGAACAACCUGCUGGACAUGUACUCCCUGCUCAAGUUUCUCCGGUGUUCUCCCUUUGAUGAGUACAAGCUGUGGAAGGCCCAGGUGGACAACGGCUCUAAGAGAGGAGGGGAGAGACUGAACAUCCUGACCCGAGCACUGCUGCUACGCAGGACCAAGACCCAGCUGGACCCGUCCGGAAAGCCCCUGGUCUCCCUGCCUGAUCGAACCAGCGAAGUCCACCGUAUAAAACUGUCCAAAGAAGAACAGUCUGUUUACGAUGUGGUUUUUGCUCAGUCUAGGUCGACUCUCCAGUCUUACCUGAAGAGACACGAGGGCACUGAUGUCAAAACGGGGAGCAGUGUGAACCCCUUUGAGAAAGUGGCGCGGGAGUUUGGCGUGUCGCAGGCGGACUCACUCGGCUCCGCCCCCCCCGCCCAGGCCUCCAGCGCCGUGCACAUCCUGUCCCUCCUGCUGAGGCUGCGGCAGUGCUGCUGCCACCUGUCCCUGCUGAAGAAGACCCUGGACCAGUCGGAGCUGCAGGGGGACGGGAUCGCCCUCUCUCUGGAGGAGCAGCUGAGCGCGCUGUGCCUCUCCGAACCGUCCGGCCCGGACCCUGGAGACACCGUGUCCCUCAAUGGCAGCCGCUUCCCCGCCGGGCUGUUCCAGGACACCCGCGAGAGCACCAAGAUUUCUGCUGUCCUCACUGAGCUGAAGGCUAUCAGACAGGGGUGCGAGGCUCAGAAAAGUGUGAUCGUGUCGCAGUGGACCAGCAUGCUCCGGAUCGUGGCCGUUCACCUGGACAGCCUGGGGCUCCGCUUUGCCACCAUCGACGGGACGGUCAACCCCAAACGCCGCAUGGAGCUGGUGGAGGAGUUUAACACCAACCCCAAAGGCCCACAGGUGAUGCUGGUGUCUCUCUGUGCUGGUGGUGUGGGCAUUAACCUGACUGGAGGAAAUCACCUCUUCCUCUUGGACAUGCACUGGAACCCAGCCCUUGAGGACCAGGCGUGUGACCGCAUCUACAGGGUGGGCCAGCACCGCAACGUCACCAUACACAGGUUCAUAUGUGAAGGCACAGUGGAGGAUAAGAUCUCCUCUCUCCAGGAGAAGAAGAAGGAGCUGGCCUCCAAGGUGCUCUCUGGGACGGGCAUCUCCUUUACCAAACUGUCCCUGGCCGACCUCCGGGUCAUCUUCGGCAUCUGAGGCCCAGGGUCAGAGGUCAGAGGUCAGAGGGGACAACUUCAUACUGGACACCUGUACAAUACCUGCACACUACACUCAAAAGCACCGUCACAGUGCACUUAUAAUUCUGUUCAGAAGUACACUGAAAUGUUUCUCACACCUUUAUGAAACGUCAUAACAGCUGUUUCUCCAGCAUAAUUAUUCCUGGUAUUGUGCAAAAUCCUAAUUGUGGACAGGGUGAGUCAGUCUGUAUGUAAAAUACCUUCAGGAACUACCUGUAAUUCAUUUCUAUAUUGUAGUAUUGCACUAAUAUAUAUAUACAUUUGUGUGUGAGUGUGUAUGCGUGUGUAUAUUUCUAUUUAAUUUAUGUUGCAUUAUGGGUGAUGUAGUCUCCUGCCAGUGCUGUGAAGUUGUAGUGCACUGUGCUGUGUUCUCAUACUUGCAGUUAUUGAAUGUGAUGCCUGGACGUGGCUGCCCCCUGUGCUGGUCUGUUGUGGGCUCAUAACGUGCAGCCAUUUUGUACAGGCAGAGAAGGUGGCCAGUGGUUGUUUCCUGUUAUUGUUCUUUAUUCUGUAUGAAUACAAAGAGCCAAAAAUGCUGAGAUUCACUUAGCAGAGUGGAAAGUGUGCUCUGGAAGUCAAUACCACAGCAUUUCAGAUUUAACAUGUUUAUUGUGUUUAGUUGGUCAUGGAGUUAAUAAGUCUAUUUUAUAUAUUUUUUAUUAUUUGAAAUAAAAUUACUUUAAGUGUC